AUUUUCAAGGAAGACGGGUGGGUAUUUUUCUAAUCUUUUUAUCGGUUCAAGAACUACUUUUCCAUAACGCAAGUCCCUCUCAUUUGCACAACUUUCAAGCAAGUGUUUGUAUGAUUAAGGAGUAACGGGUAUAUUAAACGGUACAUUUCUUGAAGGAACUUAAGGCUUCUUUGAGUUUUCUCUGUUUGGAAAGGGAAAUUAAGUGGACAUUUUCAAGAUUCCAUUGCUGAGUUUGGGGUUUUCAGUGGAAAAUCUUUGGGUUUGCGGCUUAGGGAGACCCAUCAAGGAAUUUGGGCUUAAUUUGCAGUUUUUAUGUUCGAUAAUUGUCCGGAAGGAGUGAUGCUUGCGGGAAUGCUGCAUUGAGUAAUUGGAGAAUUGCCAUGAUUUAGUGCAUUUGAUGUUCGAGAGCUUGAGCUUACUUGUCAGUAAAAAAAAUGGUAGAAAGAUUUUUCUUCACAGGCAAAACCAAUUCUCAGCCACCGAUUCAACCAGACUCGGUCAUUCUUAUUUCUGGGCCGCCUUCCUCUGGCAAAACCUCACUGCUUUUCCAAUUCGCAUUCAACUCGGUACUAGAGAAAAAUGGAACCGUGGUGAUCAUCUGCAACCGGCGCAGAUUAGAAACCAAUCCCCCCUUUCUCUCUCAGUUUGUUCCGAGACUGCAAUUUCAGGGCGUUGAUCCAUCUUCUGACAUAUUUCAGCACAUUCAGAUGAAGUAUGUGGAUGACGAUGAAGGGAUCAAGAAUUAUUUUGCUGCAUUUCACAUACACGAUAUAUUUCCUGUUUCAGUUAUCAUCGACAAUUUUGCAGAUUUCUUUGAUGGGAGGAAUUGUCAAGAGAGAUACAACAAUCCUCGGGGAAGAGACUUGGCAAUGACCCGGACAUUAGCUCUUUGUCAAAAUGCCAUUAAUCAUGCCAAAUCAAAGGGUCCUUGUAAUCUUUUAUUGUCCGAUACGCACCAAGGUGAUUCCCCAAGGUUGCUCUAUAUUUAUAAGAGAUGGAUCUCCUGCAUUUACACAAUCAGAGAAGGUGAUGGUUCAGGAUCAUUUAUUCUCAAGAAUAACUCAGAUACUACAAGAGCAGAGAGGAUGAGAACUGCCAAGUAUUCCAUAGCACUUCAGUACUUGGUACUGGAGGGUGUUACAGAAGAUGAAGAACAAGAGUAAAUUUUCCAAUUAAUUACUCAUUUUUAAUUAGUGGUUCUGUUUAGAGUUUACGCUUUGUCUACGGCCUAAGUACUCUGUUUAUAUCGAUGGAGAAGCUCUAACUUUGCCAA